AUGGACUCCGCGCAAUUGCUUACGAGACGUGUUAAACCUGAACGAAUACAUUUAUUAUUUUUUUGUAACACUGAAGAUGGCCGCAAUGCGACCGAAAAAGCUUUCUGCGAAAAUAAGAACAUUCGGAUUCAGCAAACUCCAAAACCUCUUGAAUAUAUGUUUUAUCUGCAAUUGGAACCUACUAUAACUUUCGGCCAGCCUUUCUGGCUUUUUCCUCAGUGUACGCCAGCUUAUUUCACCCUGAGAAAAUUCAAACUUCCACUACCUGCCCUACUUGUGAAAACAUAA